CUCUCUGCAGGAAAUGCCAGACUGACAGACACUCAUCCUCUCUCUCUCUCUCUGUCUGUCUCACCAGGAUAAGAUUUACUGUUGCUAGGUAGUAAGGUGACGGAACUCACCCAGUCUUCGGCCUUGUCUCUCUCCAGGUGAUGAGCCUCAGGGGCUGGCUGUGGCUGCUCUACUGUCUCCAUGUCCCUGGGUCUGUCUGGGGUCUGGAUGGAGGUGGAGAGGGGGCUUGUCGGCUAAUAGCUAAGCCUGUCUCUGGCAGUGUUUAUCGGGCAGGAGAUGUGGUCAUUGGGGGCCUGUUCCCCAUCCAUGUGGAAGCCCCUCUACCAGAGCAGGAGUUCAGGAGCAUUAAGGGAAAUUCUACCUGUACAAUUUUCAAACAGCGUGCUUACCGCUGGCUCCAGACUAUGAUCUUUGCUGUGGAGGAGAUUAACCGUGACCCAGCCCUCCUGCCUAACCUCACCCUGGGGUUCCUGGCUGCUGACACAUGCCGGUCAGAGGGCACCACCCUGGGGGCAGCCCUAGCCAUGGUGACCGGCAAGGAGGCCUCCGUGGUGGGCACAGAGUGUGGCACAACUCCUGAGGUUCCCGUCAUCAUCGGGGAUGCCCGCUCCUCAGCUUCCAUCGUGGUGGCACAGACCCUCGGGCCGUUUGAUUUACCCAUGGUGAGUUACUUAGCCACCUGUACGUGUUUGAGUGACACCUGGAGGUACCCCUCAUUCUUCCGUACGGUACCCAGCGAUGCCUUCCAGGCUCGGGGCAUGGCCAAGCUGCUGCGUCAGAUGGGCUGGUUGUGGGUGGGACUGGUGUCAGAGGAUGAUGACUAUGGCAAGUUUGGGGUUCUGCUGCUUCUCAAAGAGCUCCAGGGAUCUGGGGUGUGUGUCGCCUACUCUGAGGUCCUCCCCAAGGUACCGUCUAAGAGAAAGAUCAGGCACAUUGCGGACACCAUCAGAGGAUCUACUGCCAGAGUGGUGGUGGCAUUUGUAGGAUUCACAGGUCAUUCAGGGGCCCUGAUGGAAGAGGUUGUCCGUCAGAACAUUACAGAUAAGCAGUGGAUUGCCUCAGAAGCCUGGGUCACCUACUCUACUAUCGCCUCCCCGAAAAACAUGCCCUCUCUUGCCGGGACCAUUGGAUUUGCCCUGAAGAAAGCUGAUAUUCCCGGCCUGGGGCCUUUCCUAACCCGCCUCCAUCCAGACGGGGACUACCAGAAGUCCGACCCCUUCCUGAGGGAAUUGUGGGAGGAGAUGUUUGGGUGUUUUCUGGGGGUUGCCCCCAGCGUGACGCUGCCGUCCAGGCGACAGUGUACUGGGUCAGAGGUCAUACGUGAGGGGGAGAGCCAGUAUGCUGACGUGUCUCAGCUGAGAGCCAGCUAUAAUGUGUACAAGGCUGUGUACGCCAUCGCCUACGCCAUACAGGAUAUGAUGGCCUGUCGACCAGGGGACGGAGUCUUUAAUGGUGGACAGUGCCCUGAUAUCAGGAAGCUUCAGCCCAGCCAGAUUGUUCAUUAUCUGAGGGGAGUGAACUUCAGUACUCCUGUGGGGGAAUCUUUCCACUUCGACAUGAAUGGUGAUCCGCCUGCCUCUUAUGACAUCAUCAACUGGCAUGUGACCCCCGAGGGGACGGCAGAGUUUGUCCAGGUCGGACAUUUUCUGUCCUCUGAGGGAUCGGACGACCAGUUUCACAUCGACAUGGAUAAAGUGGUGUGGGGUGGGGGCAGCGGAGAUGAGGUCCUUGUGUCUGUAUGCAGUGCUGACUGUCCCCCUGGUACCAGGCAUGCGGUACAGAAGGGGAGGCCUGUGUGCUGCUUUGACUGUCUGUCCUGUGCUGAGGGAGAGAUCAGCAACACAACAGGGUCAGUUGAGUGUAUUAGGUGUCCAGAGCGGUUCUGGUCCAACCCUGAUCGUACGGCCUGCAUCCCCCAGCUGGUGGACUUCCUCUCCUACAGCGACACCAUGGGCGUCAUCCUGUCUGUCAUCUCAGUUUCCGGGGCAACACUCACAGCCGGUGCCCUGGCCACCUUCCUCUACCACCGUCACACGGCCCUGGUGAAAGCCAACAACUCUGAGCUCAGCUUCCUGCUCCUUCUGUCGCUCAAGCUCUGCUUCCUGUGUGCUCUGGUUUUCAUUGGUCAGCCGAAGCCGUGGACAUGCAUGCUCAGACACACCCUGUUUGGUAUAAGCUUUGUGUUCUGCAUCUCCUGUCUGCUCAGCAGGACUGUGGUGGUGCUGGUGGCCUUCAGGGCCACUCUGCCUGGAGAGAACCUGAUGAGAUACUUCAGCCCCACCCAGCAGAGGAUGGGUAUCUCACUCUGCACACUCAUCCAGGUGCUGAUCUGUUUAUUGUGGCUGGCCUUAGCUCCACCCCGACCUGCUGAGAGGGGGGACAGAGAGGGUCGGGGGCCGAGGGUCAUCCUGGAGUGUGAGGUGGGCUCUGUGGUCGGCUUCUCUCUGGUGCUGGGCUACAUCGGCCUUCUGGCCUCCCUCUGUCUCCUCUUAGCCUUCCUGGCCAGGAAACUCCCAGACAACUUCAACGAGGCCAAGUUCAUCACCUUCAGCAUGCUGAUCUUCUGUGCCGUGUGGAUCUCCUUCAUCCCUGCCUACGUCAGCUCUCCUGGGAAGUACACAGUAGCUGUAGAGAUCUUUGCCAUCCUGGCCUCCAGCUUUGGGCUGCUGUUCUGUCUGUUUGCUCCAAAGUGUUACAUCAUCCUUCUGAGACCAGAGAGAAACACCAAGAAACACAUGAUGUCCAAAUAGAA